AUGGAGUGGUUUUCACGGUGUGUCAACAGCUUGAGCAUCACCAGCAGCACGCCACCAUGCGCAUGUCCAGAUGAUUGUACCGCUGUAUGUCUUCCUCCUUUCAAGACCCUAUCUUUACCAGAAAUCAUUCCUGCUACAGAAAGCUGUGCUGGGUGUAGUGUGCCUUGUGCCUUGCAUCCUGCAGUGGUGCCAUCCACUGAGCUUGGUAUUGACCAAUCACGUUCAUUGCACAAUACGGUACCAGGCUAUGCGAUCCAUCUUAUUAUUUGCACUGGCAAGGCUGAUUGGCCUGCUCAUAUUGAGGAUGAAGGACUAGCACAGGCGCUUGUGGAGAUCAUCCAUGAACGUAAAAAGGUGUGGAAGCGUACCGAAGCCAAUCGAUUUCAAUCACCUUACGAUACCAACACUGAAUAUCAACGCAUUUUGAUAACCAAUACCGAGCUGCCAUCUCAUUUUUCCACUCGUCGAUCGGCUCAUGACGUCUUAUUGAUGCCGGACAAUGUUGUUAUCGCCAACGUCACCACGCGUAGAGCACGCGCUUUGCUUGAUUUUAUAUAUCAUCGUCCCAAUGCAGAAUCUUUUCAAGUGCAUCCAAAUCCAUAUACCAACUUGCUAUUCGUUUGUGGUCAUGGUCGUAAAGACCGUCGUUGUGGGACUAUUGGACCUAUGCUGAAAAAGGCCCUUGACGAUGCUAUUUCAAAGACAAAUGUAGAUGCCAAAGUGGCCCUGGUUAGCCAUUUAGGAGGCCAUGCAUUCGCAGGCAACCUAGUGAUCUACACACAUCAAGGCCGACGGGUUAUUUGGUAUGGCCGUGUCACCCCAUGCCACUGCAGGGAAAUCAUUGAUCAAUCCGUAUUACAAGAUAAAGUUAUUCAAGAUUUAUUACGUGCAGUAUUUGAAGCAGGCUGUUCUAGAAGAUUAGAUUGGUAG